AUGCCUUUAUCCCACAUUAUCAUCACUGACUAUGACGCUGCUGCGCGCGCUGCAUUGACGGCUACCUUCCCGGACUCGCAGCUACAGGUCUGUACGUGGCAUAUCAUGAAGAACAUCACUACAAAUGCGAAGAAGCGCUGGCUUGGCGACUAUGACGAUGACGACCCAUUUGACCCGCCGCAAGAGCCCCAAGGCGAUGAAGACCCCGGGCGCUCUGCUGCUGCCGGAGCCACUGCCGGAAAAAGAGGCCCUUGUGCCUUCACAACAGCUUUCCGGUCCGUAAUGUAUGCCCCGACCGAGGACGAGUUCAACAGCCGCUGGGACAUCGUCAAAGGCGCCUUCUCAGACCAGCACAUUAUUCUUAGGUAUGUGGAAGAGGUCUGGAUGCCUGUACGAACACAAUGGGCGCGCGCUUGGGUCUGCCGUUACCGCAACUGGGGCCACACAACGACCUCGCCUUGUGAACCCCUUCACUCAAGCUCUCGCACCUUCCUUCGCAACGGCCAGUCGAAUCUGCUUGAAUUAUAUCAUGCCUUGCAACUACAAGCCUCAACCUCACGAGAACACCAUGAUCGGACCGUUGAGCGCGAAUCACGACGGACUCGCGACCCGUUCCGGCUACCAUUAUAA